CGCGCUGGCCAUGGCGUGUCGAGCCCGCCCGUGCUUUAUCUUUUGCAGAAUGGCGGUGCACCAGCUGGGUACAGCAGAUCAACUCGUAGCAGCCGUGCGCAAGCCAGCUUCUCGGAUCGCGGAAAGAUUCGCAGUAUCCAUCGGGAAAGUCAUACCGCUGGCGUUGGCGACGAAUUUUUAUACUCGGACUCCUCGUUGUCUACGUCUGCUUCUGGUGCAGUACAACACGGACCGCACCAGAAACAACUGGUCGACGAAGCAAGUGCGCAGGCAACGCUCGAUGGAACGUUCACGUUUUAUCGAGUGGACGAGGGAAAAGAAACAGACUACUGCUCCAAACAUCUGGAAUCUACGAAAAGCUUGAAUCACGACGCGCAAUUCUCGUUCCUCGAACAGAAUUCUGUAGAGGCUGAGCAAGAUGAAAUACCGGAAAACCUGGACGACCUGGAAAAUUGCUCAGGACAAGCCCUGCACCUUCUGUCGACUAACUUGCUUCCGACGCUGCAGCUUCCGUGCCAUGCAUAUGAAGAAACAACAAGGAAAGAUGAGACUAAAUGUGAUGAGAGCUGCGAAGAUGAAACCAACACAGAAGUCAUGGCAGCAGAAGCACAUUUUGAACAAGACUACCAGGAGCACGCACAGGCUGCUGCAUUAGCGGCCUUACUUUCUUCACCGCGUCGUGCCACAGUGGAUCAUACCGAUCAUCCAACCGGCAGCUGCGGUAUUGAUUUCGGUGACCUCACAGGACUGCAAAAAUUCUCAGGAGACCAUCAAGGGACAAGGAGCGGAGGCAGCUGUUCGCUUGUCAAAACAAACAGCCCACCCAUGCUUUUCAAUCCGGAAACGCCUGGAAGCAGCCCCACAACGUCAUCUCCUCUGCCGGAGAACGAAGCUGCACACGAAGAUGCCAAAAACAACUCGCAGUCCUAUUCGGGACCCCCUAAGCACAACAGCGAAGGCGCACCAGAACAAGAAAUAAGAGCGCGGGGGCUCUUCCCGCCACCUUCUUCUGCUUCUUCCUGCACCUCGUCCGUUUCGUCGGCAUCAUUCGCCGCGGGGUGCCAUGCUACAACAGCUGGCGGAGGCGGAGCGCUGCAACUGCCAAAGAUCGUUGCAGUUACGCCGACCAGACGCUCCAUGUCCACCAUCAAGAAGGCUCCUCUGCAUCUGCAAGGAAGGCCAGCUGCUGGCGCGGAGGAGGACCUUUCCUGUGCACCAUCGCAAAUGGUAAUGGUCGCUAGUGGUCUUACACCAGGAUCAUGCAAACCGACGGCGAACAGCAGCAGGGAUGCAACAAAUAAUGGAAGUAGGAAAAAUCAAAAUGAUCAUCGUAAUCAUAUUACAAAGGGCGUCGGGCCCGCCGGGGCUGAUCAUGUCGGAGCAGGUGACCAACAGCACUCCUGCGCGUCCCAAGUAGAACCGAGCUUAUUCACAAGCGCCGCGAAGGCGCAUGAUCAAACCACAGCUAGGCUGAAGAGAAGCAGCGCCAAGUGUGAGAUGACAGGUGGUGGUCGUAGAAGGUUAACCGCGCGAGGUGAAAAUUCUACUUCGAGUAGUUCAGCAACAACGGGAACCAAUGCGGGGACCACGACCCAGUCUAAAAGGAGGAUCCAAAGAUGCAACAGCUUUCCGUCAACAUCAUCUUCAUCUUCAUCAUCAUCAUCAUCAUCAUCGGGAUCGGCCCUAGUGACGAUAGACAGUUGCGCGAUAGCAGACAACCCCGAAGCGACACGUGCAGAUAAAGCUGCGGGGGCGGCGGUAGAUACUGCCCGCACCUUUUGUUUUGGUGAAGCAGGCAGGGCCACUACUAGUGGUUCCUUUUCUCUUGCGGGCAACGAAACACGCGGAGAGCAGACGCCAACCCCAAAGAAGCUUCUUCGAACUGGCAGUGUUGCUUCGCUUCAGUCCUGCUCUGCGUCAUCCAGCAACUCAACUACUAGCUGUGGCGCAGUGAAAAUAUCAACCACGGCUGCGGCCAGCACCACAACCGACUACCGCGAUAGAGGUCAAGACCUCGGUACGCUUCCCAAGAAGGAAAUGAACCUUACUACCUCUCUCACUUCGACUGCAGAAGAUUUUUUGGCCGGCGGCCUGCAGGGGGUGGCCAAACCCGUCACGACGAGGCCGCGCGCUUUGACGGACGGUCAAGUGCGUAAUACGAGAUUUUCUCAGACUUUUUCGGCUGGAAAAAGCUUCCUGAACCGUAAGAAAGCCAGCUCGCCGUCCAAAUCGUCUUCGCCAAGCAAGCAGACUGAGCCGGUCCAGGGCGUCGAAAGAGGGCGCUCCAUUCUCAGAAAAGAAUCUACGGAAAGGUACCUUUUCAGUAGCAUCUUUCUACAUACUAGGAUUUUCGUAGAUAUGACGAUGACUCGGCGCCGCAGUCGCCCGCUUGCUAACCGUAACCACAGGUCGUGCUCCUGUUUUCCCGAUUACGAUUUCAAUUUGAUUGCGUUGGUGAUGAUGUUGAUGCACUCUGUCUACUCUUCAUCUUCUACACUAAAGUGCAAUUCGGUCAGAGUCUAGAAGAACUGAAGCUUAAGGUUUACAAAUCAAUCAGGAAUCAGUUUCGGUUGCAAGGAUAUUAUACUAGCGCUCUGUUGUGGUCGUACGUACUGGCACCUGCUUGCAGUCGGUCUUGGAAAGUUCAGAUGAGCCUUGCUCAGUAUAAAGUUGCUUUCGGUCCUUGAGGUGGCAUUGAAAACCACACUGCAGGACUUUUGACUCACUAUCCACUUCGCAUGAUUGGUGCUUCCCGCCAUGUUAUCUGUCGUUAUUCGAAAAACUGGAGUUGUUGCACAUCACCACCAGGCUGCGGAUCCAGAUACAUUAUCAUGCAAACCUCGUCUUUUUAACAUAGCAAUUAUAUUAAAGACCUUUUCCUAUUCCUUUUUCUAACUAUGCAUCCCUGACGGUUCGCCGUCUCUCCCAGUCGCAUGAAUCUUUUGACGUAUACUAGUUGUAGUAGAUAUAAUAGUACAUAGCGACUCUUCAUCCACUAGCACUAGCACUACCAAGGCAAAGGCUUGCGGCAUGCCGCGAGAUUCUAUCAAAAUGAAAAAUCCCCCCUCCCCAUAUCAAAACGGAAAUUCGUGAUGCUGAUUUGUGACCACAAAUCAGCUUUGUAUUGCAAAGCGGCACUGCGGCCAGAUCCCCAGGCUAGGUAGGGGCGUAUGGGUCUAGUUGCUCAGCAUGGCAAACGGCUCCCCUUUAAGCCCACCAGCAUGACAAAUCGCUUCCCUAAUGGGGCGAAAGCUUCUGCCCUUGUCGUCUUGCAAGACAGAUGUGAUUUGUGACCUCAAAUCCGCAACACAAAUUUUUGGAAGCGUACCUUUUCAAUAUGGGGAGGGGGGAUUUUUCCUCUCAAUAGAUUCUUGGUUGAUGUUAGGGAGGGAGGUGAACAAGGAGAGCCCCCGCACCUCAAUUGACACCCGACUCCUAAUAUCACACAGAAAAAAGCUCAAGCUGGAAGGGCAUAUUUGUAAUGCUAAACGAAAUACACAAAAAAAUCUGUAUUGCAAGUCCAAAACAGCAUGCUAUGAGGCCACCCAUGACAAAUUUUUGUGUGUAUUUAUUUUUGCAUUACAAAUACGCCCUGCCAGCUUUUUUCUCUGGGAUACCUAAAAAGGUUUCAAUCUACGUCCUAUUUUGCGGAGGAGGAUGGAGAGCAGUUUCUCAACAAGUACCACACAUUCGGGUACUACCGUGACCAGAAAUCAAACCAAAAGAUUGACCUACCCCACCGCGGCCGCGUUGCAGCCAUUUUGUGGGAGCUCGACCAGUUUCUCCUGCAGCCCAUCACACGCAAAUUUAACCUCAGGUACAUACGAUUUUGCCUGGUGUCGUAGCCACUUGUUUUGAUUUCGUAGGUCGUGGUCAAGUCUUAUUUUUAGGUUUUGCUUCUAGUUUUUCUUUUUUUGUUUAUUUCUAGAACCAACUGCUGAAGAUUGCUGGGAAGUGCGCCCGAUUCAUUCGAAUAGUGUGGAAUGCAUAAAUGGGUUAAAGACCCACUAAAUGAAGCAAAAAUAUGGAGUUGUUCGCGACUCGUGGCAGGAGAAACAAACAUAUUUAUAACUAAACGAAGAAGCUGCACACCUGAUGAAUUAUAGCAGAAGGAACAGCACCAGGCCCAGUGCGGAAGAUGAAGUGAGAUGAAAAGCGAGAAUUCGAAUUGUGGUCUUCACGCAUCAUGGCACGACCUUUCUCUUUCAAUAUAACAAACCAAAGGUACCAUAUUUUUGGCGAGGCUCAUUGCUGCGCUAAAAAGGCAGGCAGCACCGCGAAGGAUCCCAUGGUGGUUCGGAACGCGGAAACAGGGAAGAUCACAAAAACAGUGGGGUACCGAACGAGCAUUCUGCUUCGCGUACGGAUUCACCCGACCAAGGGGGAUCCCCGGACGGAAUUUCUCUCCAAGGGCACACUGACCGCAAUAUUGCUGCACGAGAUAGCGCAUUUGAGGCACAUGAACCACGGGAAGGAGUUUAUGCUUUUUCUCAAGGAGCUUUUUCUCUACGCUUCUCAGGAGCUAAAGGUACCGUAUGAGGAUGGCCCUGCUUCUUGAUCUUGUUUAGAGGAACUGCAAAAAUGUUUGGAAAAUAAACGUCUGAUCUUCGGUGACGUUUGAAUUUUGUGCGGAACCUUUGCGAUUCUCAUUCCUUCUUACUUGUCCGCACUGUUUCGUUGUAGUCUUCUCAACAAAUCAUGCUCGGGACGACCACGACGAACUGGAAAUAGCAAAGAGAGGAACUUCUUGCCAUCGCCACUGCUUAUAUAUGUAUCUUUUUGUCUUUGUGUUUGUGGUGAAGACAGUCCCAGUCGUGUGCUCAAACUGUUUUAGGAAAUUAUCGAGAUGAACUUCUUGAACAAAAAGGCCUUCAAAUCUUGUCAGGUGUUCAAUUUGCAGAUGCUCGGCGAAAACGAGAUUCCGUCCCCGUGGGAGUGGGAAAACGAGAUUUACAAGUCUGAGGGCCGCGUUGCAAUUGAUGUCCUCGAGCGCAAAUUUGCGGAACACUUGGAGAAGCAGGCAGAAAAGGAGCGGGCCGAGCAGGCGGUUCUGAGGGCGGCGCAAAGGGCGGCCGAUCGCAAAGGCGGUUCCAUCAACAAUCCUGAUGGCGCCUCGUCGUCGACUUCCUCGGCAGGCUAUCAAAUGCAAAAAUGUCUGGGUCUGGAAGAUUAGAACUUGUCAUGCUAAAUCUGAAUGAUGCAAAAAUCUGUGUUGCGUGAGUACCAAAAGCUGUCCGCUUUUGACCAAGUUGGGAGGGGGUUUCUCAUGCAGGAAAGGGAAAGGCAUGAUAGAGACCUCAAAGAAUCUGUCAUGCUGGGUCUCGCAUUCCAGACCUCGUGGGUCAUGGAAAACCUGCAUCACAAAUCUUGCACUCUUCCAGACCCAGACAUUUUUACACUUGAUACCGGCGGAGUUGCUGGCGGCGAGCUGGUUUGUGAACCAGUGCUGAAACCUCCAAAUAGCACGACGAUCAGCAGUAGUUCCUCGUCUUCCCUGACGCUGGAAGUGAAGGGCAAAAGCCUUUCGCCUACCUCCAGUCAAGGAAUUCGGUCUCCAGCAGCCUCUUCCCCCUCGGUUUCCACGCCGCCGCGUGAGCCGCCGAAGCUCGGAGAGCCUGGGUAUGUGCGACCUGACAUGAAACCGCGGCCCGGUCUCACGGGAAGCAGCAGCAGUACCUCGACCGGUUCUGGGUCAUCCUCCUCGGACAGUCUCGGAAAUGGAAAUGCACCUUCCAGUGCUACGUCAUCCUCCGGAGCAGCAAGCCGACAGGCAGGGCGCGAGCAUGUGCGCCGCACAGUUUUCUUGACGGGGUCUUCGUCGUCCCGCGUGAUUUCAACCCCUACUACUAGCAUGAAGAGCAAAACAGCAGAGCGCUCCGAAACUGGCAGCGCUGCAGACGAGAAAAAUACAAAUGCUAUUACGAGUGGUCCUGAUGUCGGGAAUCAAUCGGCGGAGCAACCGAGAACGGCCACUGCGGGCAGCAAGCGUGGUGGGGGCUCGGCUUCUCCUAAAGUCGACACUGGUCUUGUCCAGCAACGCCGCGUUCUGCCCGGGGGGCGUCUUAGCGCGCCAAUUAGCACGCUCCCGCCACGGCCGAAGCUGAAAUCUCCCACGUUUUCCCCACGAAGGUUACGCGAGGAGGCUGCCCGCGCUACACCAGAGCAGCAUGUUGAGCUUACACAGCGCAUUUUAGACGGAGAAAAGGACACCGUGGUCGGCAGUAGCGCAAGCGCAAUUACUGUAGGUAGCACGACGACGAUCCCGAAUUAUACGAAUAAGAGUGUCAAAACAACGAGUCCCCCCGCAGCCACGACAUCCUCGUUGAACACCACCACAAUAGGGGAGCAACCGGGCGGCCCAGCACCAGCAGCCGCAGCAUCCCCUCCCCCGAAGCGCGUAAGUAUUACGAGUAGCCCAACCUUCUUGUCUGCUUACGAGCGACUAAAGGCCCUCGGAGCUCUGCCAUCUUCAAAUAAGGAAACGAGCUCGACAGCUGCGAAGGCUGGUCUGGCGCCCACGCGCACUUCAAACUCUCCGCUGCAAGACAACAAAUGGUCACGCGUUGCGCUGACAGAUUUUUUCAAAUGAGACUACGCAUCUCUACUAUUGCUACUACGACACGAUGAAUGCAGCGGACAUCGUUAAUAUCAUCAAGAAAAGCAAAUAUAUUAAGUAGACGGAGCUUCCACUUGUACUUGUUCUUAUACGACAUGUUGAGCCUUAUUUUUUGCGCCGAAGCGGAUUUUCUGACAUAGUGAAGACCACACAUAGAGGCAGAGCUAGAACCCGGCAUACAUCUCUUUUCUUCUUCUUUUUGUGCUUAAGCUAAAGCAACACACAGUAGAAGCACCAGCACUGCAAUUACCUUCACGGGCAACGAUAAGCGCAAGUGCAAGCAAAGCCUACAAUCAAUACAUACUUUGUUACGAAUCCAACACCAGCUACAAAUUGAUGAAUGCGACGGGGGGCACCCUGACGUCGAGGCAGCUUUUCUUUCAACGUCUCAGAAUUCAAAAUCGAAGGUAGAUACUAGCUCAUCACUGAGUGACUUCGGCUAGCCUUUCAUCUUUGUAGAAUUUCAAUUUGCGUAGCUUCUUCUAUUGCUUCGAUCGUCGACGUUGUAUGGGUAUCGAAAUCGUUUUCUAUCUCGUCAGCGCAACAUAGACGACAUGAUUGUAUCUUCAGCCCUGUUGUUUGUUGUGCAGCUGUACCCUGUAAAAUCUGAAUGUAAAAAUGCCCAGAACGACCGUAGGCGUAGGUUUGCGGAAAAGAGUAGAAACUCUCGUCGUGAACGUGUUAUAUUGUAAAUGAACACAACAGUUUUCAACUAGUCAACGUCAUCAAGGUCUAGGUCAUUGUUCUUCGUUGUAGGUGCUCGUUGGGCACUAGUGCUAUAAUUAAUUGCGGUCCGUUGGACGCGCAGUAAGAUCAUAACGUAUAGAUACAUGAACGCUCUUAGUCUUACCCUGUACUUUAUGCCGAACUCUUUGAAUCCCUUAGAAGCAGCUCCGGGUGAGCGUACAACAAGACGUCGAACUACGUACAUAAAGAAAUAUCCGAUAAAACUAAAGCGUGG